AUGGUUGAAGUAGAGACGACGCGUUGCGGCGGCCUAGAGCUAGAGAAAAAGGAUGAGACAACGGGGGUUGUGCGCGCCCCGAGCCCCGACGCGCUGUUAUAUGAGUGGGGAUAUGAUGUUUCUUCUUUCGGGGGUAGUCAGCGCCGCCACGGUAUCACGCAGGGUAAGUUUCAGUCGCUACUCGGUCAUCUUGCCGAACGGUGUUUGUAUUUUUGCUCCGACACUAGGAUAUAUGUAUCAGGUGCGAUUUGUGUAAUUUAUAUGUGGAAAGAAACGUGGUGCCGCAACCGGUCAGCGCGUGUGCACCCUACGACGAUCGAUCGACUCGAGAUACGAUACGAUCCAGAGAAGCGAUGGACGGAACCACCCUCCUACGAGAUGACAGAUAAGAAAUCUGAAGAUAAGGAACAACAACAUACAUGCUACUGCCCUUCGUUACUAUCAUCAUUUGAACAACUUCGAUUAUCAUCGUUCGUUCAUCAAUCAUCAGAUCUUUCUAUAAACAAGGAAUCGAGUGCAAAGGAUCGCCCUGGAAUACAUCUCUACCGAGGGAUGUCCUCCUCCGCGGAUACCGCUUGCACGGACGCUGAGGAGGACGCCGAGGAUGUGGAGAACGACGUCACGGGUACAACGGCGCAGUCGUCACGUUACCUGUCGUCGUCGUCGUCGUCAUCGUCGUCAUCGCGAAUUCGUCACCGUCGCCGCGAGAGCGAUCACUUGGAAGGAUUGCGGUUAGAUGGGUCAUCGGUCGUGUAUCGUCCAUCAUCGUCCGACGACACUUCUGGGAGCACUGUCGAGGACUCACGCCCAUCGAUGUCUUGGGGACGACGGCCAGGUGGAUCGAUCGGCGCCAUACUCCGAUCGAUUGUCCACCUCCUCUUCUUCCCUCGCAACGGCUCGAUUCUCAGGCUCUUCCAGCCAAUACUUAUUCCGCACGAAUUCGACGAAUUGCACGACCACGAACGACCGACUGCUGGACCGAUCGAUAGAUCGCUGCGGUCAACAAUAACAGCCAGUAUCUUUGAGACGAGGUCAGGAAAGUCGAUAAACGUAUUCGCCGAAACGAGCGUGCGCGGUCAAGCACGUGCGACUGGAAUUUCGAAUGAGUACCGAACGUGCAAAUCGAUAAACGAAUUUGAAGCGCACUCGAGGGUCUUCGAAAGGCCAGGUGAACCGUCGACUAACAACGCGCUAGUUACCGCUGCCGGCUAUUCUCAAGGCGAUCGAUUUCUACGAAACCAUUCAUUUUUCUUUCUCUUUGUCGAGAAAAUCGUUGAUACACGUAGCUGUCCUAUUCCGAGCUGCCGUGAUGAUGUCAGGAAGGAGGACAUCGUUCAGGUGACGAAAGAAGUCGUCGCUCCUACCUCCGCUAUUAUAUUUAUCGAAAAAUCGUCGAUGGCAGACUUUUUUGAACUUCCACUCGACCGCCUAAUGGGAUAG